AUGUCUGCCACCGUCACCGAUGAAGAUGACAUGAUGGCCAUGAGCCGUUUGACCCACGACAUUGAAAUGGCCAAGACGGCAUCUCAUCAUGACGAAGCGAAUAAUGCCGCCAUGGCUGCUAAGCAGCGCGGCAUGCAGCCUCCUGCCAUCAUCAUAGCGAUGAGCCCCGAGCAGCGGAAGGUGCUGGAGAAGAAGCUGCGUCUCAAGAUUGACCUGCGUAUCCUGCCCAUGAUUAUUCUCAUGUAUAUCCUCAAUUAUAUUGAUCGAAACAACAUCGCUGCUGCCAGGUUCGCCGGUCUCGAGGAUGAUCUGGACAUGGACGCGUCUGGGACGCAGUUCUCGACGGCGGUGGGAAUCCUCUUUGUCGGAUACAUCAUCAUGCAGGUUCCGUCCAACCUGCUUCUUAACAAGAUUGGAAAACCAGGUGUAUACCUCCCUACAUCGGUAUAUACCAUCACGGCAUCUGUUCAGUCGUAUGCCGUAACAAAGCUGACUGGUCUACAGAUGGUCAUCUGGGGCGCAAUUUCCGCCGCGACAGCAGGUUGUCACUCCGUCGGCGGUCUAUACGCAUGCCGUUUCUUCUUGGGAUUUGUCGAAGCUACUUAUUUUGUAUGUCUCUCAUGUAACAACAAGAACAACAACAACAACAACAACCCUCCCCUACCACCUGCUGGAUGCCUAUACUACCUAUCAUGCUGGUACACGCGCGAGGAACUCGGCGUCCGCACCACCUACCUCUACGCCGGGUCCCUCAUAUCAGGCGCCUUCUCGGGCCUCAUAUCGGCCGGGAUAACGGGCAACAUGGACCGGUCUCUCGGCCUGCGCGCCUGGCGCUGGCUCUUCAUCAUCGAGGGCGCCGUCACCGUCGCCGUCGCAUUGGCGGCGUACCUCAUCAUGCCCAACUUCCCCAAGACGACCACCUGGCUGUCAGAGGAGGAGUCGGCCCUGGCCAGCUGGCGCCUAGAAGAGGACAUCGGAUCUGCCGACUGGACCAACAGCGAGGAGCAGACGCUCUGGCAUGGCUUCCGCUUGGCUCUCAUGGACAUCAAGACGUGGAUUCUCCUCCUCCUCCUAUGGGGCAUCGUCUCGGCUGCAUCCGUGACCAACUUCUUCCCCACCGUCGUCAGCACCCUCGGAUACAACAACGUCAUCACACUGCUCCUCACCAGUCCGCCGUACGUCCUCGCCGUGAUAACCUGUUUCAUCGUCGCCCACCACGCCGACAAGACAGGUGAGCGGUUCCUCCACGUUGCUCUGCCCCAGUGCCUCGCCAUCGCCACCUUUAUCAUCGCCGCUGCUACUACCAAUCUCGCGGCGAGAUAUGUAGCCAUGGUACUCAUGAUCCCCGGCCUGUAUUCGGGAUACACCACGGCCCUCGCCUGGAUAAGCAACACUCUCCCCCGCCCCCCCGCGAAGCGAGCCGCAGCCCUCGGCUUCAUCAACGCCAUCUCCAACUGCGCUUCCAUCUACACCCCUUACCUGUACCCCAGCUCCGCGUCGCCCCAGUACACGGGCGCCUUCAUCCACAACUGCAUAAUGUCCGCUACGGCCAUCGUCGCAGCCUUCAUCCUGAGGAUCAUGCUCGUCAGACUGAAUAAGAGGCUCGAUAGGGGUGAACGCGUCGAGGGUGCCGUCAAUGCUGCGCCUGGUGAGGCUGUUGAGCAUGGUUUCCGCCCAAGAACCAUGUCCUCUCGGGUCAGGAGGGAGAACACCGCCGUGAUCGUGGUGGAAGACGACUCCGCAGGCGAACAGUGUGAGAGAACUGACAACAUAGAGUCCAGACCGGAUGAGGAACCGCCGCCUGACCUCCCAGACAAGGUCAAAUGGUCUGACCAGUCAGACGACGACGGCGGUGCGCCAGUGAAACCGGCAAAGAAGCGGAGGGUGGCGCGCAGAUACGCUGGCAGCAGCAACAGGAAGAGGAAGGGGAAGAGAAGUAACAAGACGCGUAUCUCUUCCGCGGCGCUCAACGACGACGACCCGAGCACCGACGAGGAUGGUAACAACGACGACGAUCUCGAGUUCGACGGGGUCCCAGAGUAUGUGCGGGAGCGCAGGCGAAUCUUUGAGGCCAACAGACGGCUCCGCCAUGAGGCGGCGCUCAUGCUGCCUCCAGACUACGCCGGUAUCGUGCUCGACGAGAUGAGACGGCCGGGCGACGUCGAGGCGCGGCCCAAGUUUGACGCGACGAGCGGUAUCAGACCGUCCAGGCCGUACCGGGACAUCGAGCUGCCGCAGUCGGGCGGGCUGAUACCCGCGCCUAUAGCCACGUAUCUGCGCGACUACCAGGUCGACGGCGUGAAGUUCCUGCACCGCAAGUUUGUCUACCAAGAGGGGGGCAUCCUGGGCGACGACAUGGGCCUGGGAAAGACGGUGCAGGUGGCGGCCUUUCUGGCGGCGGCCUUUGGCAAGACGGGAGACGAGCGCGAUGCGAAACGUCUGCGGCGCAUGCGCUACCACAACGACCGGUGGUACCCGCGGGUCCUCAUCAUCUGCCCGGGGUCUCUGAUUGUCAACUGGCAGAACGAGCUCAGCCGGUGGGGUUGGUGGCACGUCGACGUCUUCCACGGCGCCGACAAGGACGACGUGAUGGGUACGGCACGCGCGGGCCUCCUCGAGGUCAUGAUCACGACGUACGACACGUACAAGAACAGCCGGAGCUCCGUCAACAUGGUGCCAUGGGACGCCGUCAUCGCCGACGAGUGCCACAGGAUCAAGGACCGGUGCUCGGAGACGACCAAGGCCAUGGUCGAGGUCAACGCGCUGUGCCGCAUCGGCCUCACCGGCACCGCUAUCCAGAACAGAUACGAGGAGCUGUGGACGCUGCUGGACUGGACCAACCCGGGCCACUUCGGCUCCCUCUCCGAGUGGAGGGACACGGUGGCCAAGCCCCUGGCCAUCGGGCAGUCGCACGAGGCCACCAUGGCCCAGCUGAGCCUGGCGCGCCAGACGGCCCAGAAGCUGGUGCGGAACCUCCUCCCGCGCUACUUCCUGCGGCGCAUGAAGACGCUCAUCGCCCACCAGCUCCCCAAGAAGACGGACAAGGUGGUCUUCUGCCCGCUCACGGACCUCCAGCGCGACGCCUACGAGAACUUCUUGGGUAGUCCGGACAUCGACCUCCUCCGGACCGUGUCGGAUAAGUGCCCACACGGCAAGGCCAAGGGGUGGUGCUGCAAGACGCGUCUGAGCGACGGCACCAGGACGUGGCAGAGCAUCGUCUUCCCCAGCAUGAUUGUGCUGCAGAAGCUGGCCAACCACGUCACGCUCCUCAUCCCGCAGGCGACAGAUCUCGAGAGCAAGCAGAAGUCGGAGCUCGAGACGUUGCAGACGUGCAUCCCGGGAUCGUGGAAGGAGCUGUACGCGGCGCGCGACCAGAUCCGCAGCCUGGUCAACCCCGAGUUCUGCGGCAAGUGGAAGGUGCUGCGGAAGCUUCUCCGGUUCUGGCACGCCAACAAGGACAAGGUGCUCAUCUUCUCGCACAGCGUGCGGCUGCUGCGCAUUCUGCAGCAUCUGUUCCACAACACGAGCUACAAUGUCAGCUACCUCGACGGGUCGCUGGGGUACGAGGCGCGUCAGGACGUGGUGGACAGCUUCAACUCGGACCCGAACCAGUUCGUCUUCCUCAUCUCCACCAAGGCUGGCGGCGUGGGACUGAACAUCACAUCGGCCAACAAGGUCGUCAUCGUCGACCCACACUGGAACCCGUCAUACGACCUGCAGGCUCAGGACCGCGCGUACCGCAUCGGCCAGACCCGCGACGUCGAGGUCUUCCGCCUCAUAUCGCUGGGGACCGUCGAGGAGAUUGUCUACGCCCGCCAGAUCUACAAGCAGCAGCAGGCCAACAUCGGCUACACGGCGUCGUCGGAGCGCCGGUACUUUCGCGGCGUCCAGCAGGACACGGACAGGAAGGGUGAGAUCUUUGGCCUCGCCAACAUCUUCACCUACCACAGCGACAGCGGCCUCCUCCGCGACAUCGUCAACAAGACCAACAUUGCCGAGGCGAGGCUGGGCGUCAGCCUCGCCGACGUUGACAUGGAGGAGGCCGCCAAGGAGCACGAGGAUUUCGGUGCCGCCGCUGCCGCCGCCGCCACAGUGAAGAAGGAAGACAACGACGGCGGCGUAGGCCAUCUAGCAGAUCUCCUCGUCAAGUCGGAGAACCCGAACGGCGCCGCCGGUAAUCACAAAGAGACAACAGCAGCAGCGGCGGCGGCGGCGGCGGCGGCCCCGCCCAGAAUGAAUGCCAUACAGGCCAUCCUCACAUCAGCAGGUGUGGAGUACACCCACGAGAACGCUGACGUGGUCGGCUCCUCCAGGGUAGAAGAGCAGCUGUCCCGACAAGCCGCCAUGGGGGCUUAUGCCGACGACGACAUGCGCAACCAGCACGUCCUGUUCGCCACCAGCCUCCAAGGCGGCAACCGCGAUGGCGGCCACCACUGCCGCUUCAACCCCCCCGCUGACGUUCAGCGACGACAGUUCUGCGACAUGGCCAGGGAAUUCGGGUUCCGCAAUGCCACCGACUUCGCCUUGGUGGUCGAGAGCUGGACGGGUGAAGAGAGGAGACGCUGCCUGGACGAAUUCUACCGGAGGAGGCAGGCGAAGUUUCCGGCCGGCGGGAAGGACGAUACGCCCAGGAUAACGUCGGAGAAGAAGGGGGGCAGUGACGAUGGCGAUGCCAAGGACAAUGACAGGCUGGGUAUGGGCAAUACUGCCAGCAGUCUGGCCUCCCCUAGGGCUGGGAGGGAAUUGAUAGGCGAAGAAGUGGAACAUGGCUUGACGAAUGAGACCAAAGAUGAAGUCAAGUUCGGGGUCAAGCAUGAGGCAGGGCACAAGGUCGAAAAGAAACUUGAGGGCGAGGAGGCCAAGAACGAGGUCAAAGAGGAGACGAGGAACGAUGUCGAGGAUGUCGAGGAUGUCAAGGUCGAGAGCAAGAAAGAAAGGACCAAUGAGCCACAGAUGGUAAGAGUGGAUAGAAAGACCAAGAGGACAUCCAUCUUUCUGUCAGAUGACGACGACGACGAUGAAUUAUGA